GCGCUGGCGUUCCUGCCCUGGUGAAGCCUUUAAUAUUAUAACUAAGUUUUGUCCGGAAGUUAUUUAGAAAUAAUGGAAAUUAGCAACGAUACAGAUGACUUUAGCGGCCAAAACUUUAUGUGUCGUGUUUGUACUUCAACUAAUUUGUUGAUCAACAUAUUUCUAAAUGAGGCCCACAACAUAGCAGCGAAGAUCCAAAUCUGCGCUUCUGUUCAGAUUGCCGAAGAUGAUGAUCUUCCCCAUCACAUAUGCAGUAAAUGUUACACUGAUUUGGAGAUUGCGUUCGCAUUUCGUAGCAGGUGUGAGGAAUCGGAUAUGAAAUUAAGACAACUUUUCAACAAUAUAGCUAAAGAAGAAGAGCUGUCGAUAAAGUCAGAAAACGACGACGACAACGCAGAACUUAUAAACCAAAACCAGAAUACUUAUGUGGAUAGUGAAGAUAAUUCGUCAAACUUAAAUUUUGAACAUGUUAGCUGUGAACUUUCGCAGGAUUAUACUGAAAUUGCAGAAACAAUUAGUGGUGAUUCGAAAAGCCAGUUAUCGCAAGGCCGAACAAAGCAAAUUGUAAAAAGUUUGAUUUGUGAAGCAUGUGAUAAAGUAUUGCCUAGUAGAAAUGAAUACUUUGCACAUGUAAAAACACAUGGCAAACGACGUUUUCGAUGUAAAAUAUGUGACAAGUGGUUAGCUAGAAGAUCAUCAUUUUUGCAACAUCAACGUGGGCAUCUUGGAGUAUCGAAACAAUAUUCGUGCAAAAUAUGUAAAAGAGAAUUUAGGUUUCGCAAUAGCUUGCAGAGACACAUCUCAGGAGUACACAAUCGACUUCGUAAUUUUACCUGUACUUUAUGCGGAAGUUCAUUUGCUCAAAAAACUCAUUUGCAAGUUCAUGCAGCCACCCACAUAGGACAGCCGUACAAAUGUUCUAAAUGCCCAGCUACGUACCGAUCUGAACGAUUCCUUUUACGUCAUGAACAGUUCCAUUUACCUCCUGAAGAACGAAACAAUGCGUUAAUAUUUGAACAGAAAUCUUACAAAUCGACUACACAAAAAAAAUUUAUAUGCGAAUAUUGCGGGAAAAUUUUCAACAAUCAAGCAACUUACGUGGUACAUACGCGAAUGCAUACAAAAGAAAAGCCGUACAACUGUAUCUAUUGUGAAAAAAAGUUCGUAUCUUCUAGUUUAAGGAAAAAACAUAUGAAAACCCACACCGGCGAAAAACCUUUCAAAUGCGAUAUCUGUGGAAGGUGCUUUCGGGAGAAAGCGCAUUUAACCACGCAUGGUGUAACGCACAAGCAGGAUCGGAACCACGUAUGUCCCAUUUGUUCAAAAGCCUUCAAGUUGAAAUCUAUUUUGAACAGUCAUAUGAAGUGUCAUUCUGUAUGCAACAAAAACUUAGACUCUGAAAAACUAUGA